AUGGAGCUACCAUUAAGUCAACUUCACUUCUUCGCAGGGACAGUCCUGUUUUUGGUGACGUCAAACCUACUGCUGUGGGAGAAAGCUGCAGCAAUUCUUCCAUGUCUUACUGAAGAGGGAGGCUGUACGGAGCCCCCUGUGGAAACCUUUAGCAAUGCCCUCGACAGAGCUGAAACAAUCCGUAGUCUUGCUGAGCAAAUAAAUGAAGAAUUUUUCCUCGAUGACCGCUCUUCCAAAUAUUUUAGUAAUUUUCUUUCAAAAAUGGUUAGGGAGGAUUAUCCUAUUUACACUGCCAGAACUCACUGCAACUCCAGGAUCAUGAACCCUCCAGCUUCAGGACUUGAACACACAAAUAUGGAAGAAGGAAAUACCGAAAAAUAUUUAAAAAUGUUGAUCAAUUUUGUGGGUGCCUGGAAUGUCCCUCUGUACCAUCUAGUGGUUGAACUGAGUGCCAUGGACGAUGUUCCUAAAACAGUCCUUUCAAAUGCAAAAGAGAUUGAAGAGAACAACAGAGAACUCCUGGAUGAUCUUAGAUGGAUACUCACCAAGGCCUAUCCUACAGAAAAGAAAGAGGAAAAUUUCCCAACCUGGAAACAUCUUCUAGCCUUAAAAUCAAGUUUCAGAAAUGAUCAGUUUGGGGCAAUUUUUAACCUUUUCAACUGCCUACGCUCAGAUAUAUACUUCACUCUGUUUCAUCUCAAAACACUGAGGUGUCGAAUAACCAGAGAAAAUUGUUAA